AUGGCGACUACUUCAGGAAGCGCUGUGGCCAAGUCUUCUCGAUAUUAUGGCCGAUCUUGCGUUGCUGGUACACACAGCGGUGCCAGUUGUACUAACACGCAGAAUACUGAGGGUGUUUCUAUGCAUUGUUUUCCUGACAAAGAGAAAUAUCCAAAGCAGCAUCGAGAAUGGUUGCGUUUUGUUCGGCAAAGUGACUAUAUGACCGGCAGCCGGUCACGGUUUAUCAAAUACUAAAUGGCCGGCAGUCUAGUGACUAUAGUUGAAUAUAAAAACUUUUGUUUGCGUUAACUUUUACCGAGCUUGCCAUUAGCUCAUAUGGCAAGGGCGCUGUGUGCGGAAAGUUAAACGCAGUCGGGGUCGGGAUGUGUUUUGUCUGACUUAGCAUUGUUUUUUGUUAAAAUUUUUUAAACUUUUUUUCCCGACUUUUCUAACUCUCAAAAGGUUAGGGUUAGGGGUUAGGGGUUAGGGUUAGAAAAGGGUUUGGGGUUGGGGAUAGGUUUAUCUUAUAAAAAUUCAAUUUUAACAAUAGUCACUAGACUGCCGGCCAUUUAGUAUUUGAUAAACCGUGACCGGCUGCCGGUCAUAUAGUCACUUCGUUUGUUCGGCGACACCGGCCCGGCUUUGUUCCUUCGAAACAUUCACCUCUGUGUUCUAUUCAUUUCGAAGACAGUUGUUACGUUACUCGGAGAGACAUAGCAAAAUAUUUAGGAAUUAGAGUGGUGCUUAAACCAGACGCUGUUCCAACAAUCGAUGCAGCAAUAAAAGCCGAGGAAAGAACGGCAACGAUCAGAGAACGUAAACAGGUAUAAAAUAGAAUGACGCCAUAUUUUGUGUGUUGUUUAAAUAUUAUAUAUUAUGUCAUGUUUGUCUGGCGUUUCGUUUGUCGCCGCAAUGAUGUUUUCUGCUACGAAUAAAGGCGUGUUUUAUUAUUUCUCAAUAUUUCAGGUGAUAAGAUCUCUUGUUCAAGAAGAAACGUCCGGUGCUGCGACUUCUCAAGCCAAGUCAGAAGCUCUCGAAGUUGAAGGCGAAGCCACACAAGAGGUGCACGAACACGUAGCGUCAAAACCACAAGAAACAGUAGAAAGUCCAGUUGAAGAAAAGGAAGAACAAAUCAAGUCGUUAAAAAAGAAAAUCCACUCCAUGCAGAAAGAAAAUUGGGCUCUCAGAAAACAAAAAAGAUCACUGCAGACUGCAUUUAAUAAAGUUAGUUUUCCUUGCCAGUAUAAAACUCUAUUGAGACUAUAAAUUUGAAUGAAAUGCGUGAAUGAACCCUGAAGUAAAUGUGUAAAGAAUAAUUUUUAUGAGUCAACAAAUACUUUCCAAAUAAUCUAUCUCCAUAUAGGAGUAACCUUAAUCCUAUACAUGCACAAUUAUUCUUUUAAUUUUGUAGGCAAAAGAAAUGGAAGACCAGCCAAGCACAAGCAAGAAGGAUGAAUUGUCCACAGAGGCAGAGCCCUACUUGGAGGACUUUAAUGUGGAGGAGCCAACAGAUGCUUCCACAGUGGACACGGAUUGGUCGUCAAUGGAAAGUUACCAUCUAUCAGCAGAUGAGUCUGAAGAUAUUGAUGACAAUGGCGACAAUGUUGACAUGACGAGAAACACUGUAAGGUACAGUAUGGAUGUUAACCAUUAGGCUGCAAUGGGCCAUUCCAGUUAAUACAGCCCCCCCCCCACCCCCACCCUAUUGAGGGGUCCCUUCAUAACCCCCUUAGGAUAUAAAAAAUGGGAUCCCCCUUGGAUGCAAUUUGUGGAGGUUACCCCUGAGGAUAUCUUACUAACACCUUUAGGAUAUCGCUUUUUCCCUCUUGGAUAUCAGCAAAACACCUAAUUUUUGCCAUUUUUUAAAAAAUCUCUCAAGCUACCCUGUAGGAUAAUUUAAGAUGAAGACAUUUAUAAAUCUUAAUUAUACAUUUGUUUUGUUCAGUGUUGAUCCAAAUACGGAGCCACAAGAUGAACCCAAAUUCAUUGUGUUUUUUGGCAUGCUUCUUGGUCUAUUCAGCAUGUUCUGCUUCAAAUGCAAGUCAAAGAAUCCAACUGCAACCGUUAAAAGAAUUGGCACCAUGGCAACUGUGGUACAAUCAUGCAAGAAAUGUGGUGAUAAUUUUGUAUCGAGAAGUCAGCCCCUUAUUCAAGGACGACACCCAGCUGGAAACAUGUUAAGUUUUAGCAUCUUGAUGUCUGGUGUAAACAUCAGUCAAGCUUUUUUGAUGUUUAAGCACCUUGGCCUAAAAGUAAUUUCCCCUCGAACAUACUUUUUCCACCAGAAGAAAUUCCUGUUUCCAGCAGUCUUCCUCCACUGGGAAAAAUAUCAAAAGGCUUUGCUGGAUAAAAUCAAGGGUUUGACAGGUGCUGUUGAAUGGUCGGGAGAUGGCCGAUUCGACUCAAUGGGGCACAAUGCAAAAUAUGGAGUAUAUACCAUGUUUUGUAAUUCAAUUUCAAAGUUGGUGCACUUUGAGUUAUUGCAGGUAUAAUCUCAGAUUGCAGUAUACUAUAGUCACCUGAUUAUGCAAAAUAUAUUGUCUAUUGCAAAAAGCAUUAUUUUUAUACACUAGCUCUCAAAUAGUAAAACAUCUUUUUAAAAGCAAUGCUAAAUAUAACUAUGUUUUCUUAUCUCCAAAAGGCAAAUCAAACAGGGAACAGUAACGCGAUGGAACUGGCUGGGGCUAAAUCCUGUUUCAAGUAUCUCCAAAAUCUGGGCAUAAAAGUUUCCACGUUUGUAAGCGACAGGCAUAAGGGCAUCGCAAAAUGGAUACGUGAAAGCCAACCUGACACUCGCCAUUUCAAUGACCUAUGGCAUGUCGUGAAAGGAAUCACAAAGAAACUAAUAAAAGCUGGAAAAGAGAAAGGAAAUGAAAAGUUGCUGGUGUGGGUGAAAGCUAUCCGUACUCAUUUGUACUGGUGUGCCCUCUCUACAAAGCAAGGUUUUGGUGACCUGAUUAUAGCAAAAUGGAAGUCUGUGAUCAGACAUAUUGCAAAUCUCCAUACCAACCAUCCAGAUUCCCUUUAUGCUAAUUGUCCUCAUGGGCCACUUGAACCACGUGACUGGAUUAAACAAGGUGAUCAUGUAACUGUAGAUAAUAACUCAUUAUUUUGCAGCAGUUCAUUUGAUGAGUAAAAUUCAGUGAGAUAUCCAGCUUUAUCGGGUAGGAGGCUGCAGUCAAAAUAUGGUAGAGUAGUAGUUCUGUCGAGGGAGCUAUAGCUCAAAGUCCCUAAGUAAACUUGUGUUGGAGGUAGGGGGUAAAGCCAGUCAAAAAGUUUUCAAUAAUUUGUUUAUUUUGUAAUAGUGGUAACAUUUUACUGUAUUUUUUACAUGUAGGUACUCAGGCCCAUGAAAGAUUGUGUGGGAUCCUCUUGAAAACAAGAACAAUCAAGGAUAUCAAGAUGGUUUCUUCUGAUGCCCAAACUAGCUGCCUGGAGGGAUUUCACUCGACCCUAAACCAUUGGCAUCCCAAAAUGACUCACUAUUCAUGGCUUGGAACAUAUUGCAGGUAUUAAUCAUGUAGAAUAUCUCACAGUUGUACAAGAUAUAGGAGGUGGAUUCAUAUAAGGUGCACAAAGUUAAUUUCGAAUCCUGCCUUUAAUGAUGGAAAACCUUCAGAUAAUACGAAAAAAGGUUCGUUGAAUUAUUUUGAAGUUUCAGUAGCCCAGUAAUAAACACAUUUUCUAUCUUUAGGCACAUCUUAGCCAUCAUGCACUUUAAUGAAAAUGUGCAGCGAGAGAAACGCCAAACCAAGGCUGGAACAGUCUACUACAAUGUUAUUUACCCAAAAUACAAGUUUGGUGAAGAGGUUGUUCGGGAGAUUGCUGUACCACCUACAUAUGGUAAGUUAAAUAAAACUAAAAUGGUUCAUGAGUUUAAUGAGUCAAUGAAAAUGUUGUUCUUCAAUGAAAAUGCUGUUCUGUACACCUACCUGUCUAAUCCCAUACAGGGCCAUGCCACCUGGGGGGAGGGGUGUAACACCCCCCAAAAAAGGUAAAAAAAGGGGUGCAACUUGCGGGGAAGGGGGCCCUGGCAUGCUGGAAUUGAAGGAUUUGUUCGCUAAAUUAUGGAAAUUUCAGGGAAAUGUUGUUUUGCGAAAUAUUUUGGGAACUUUUGUUUUCGAAAACAUAACGUUGACCCCCCCCCCCCCCCCCCCCUGCGCCAACAUUCUCUGGAAAAUUUUUUGCUUUCCCCAAAUUUUGGAAUACACCCCCCCCCCCCACAAGAAACCGGUAUGGCACGGCCCUGAUCCCAUACAAGUUUGCUUCUAAUGGGGAGAGUACUUACAUGUCAAAAUGAAUAACAAAUUUAAAUAACUGUUCCUAAAUGUUGAAGUUCUUCAUGUAAAUAGUUGCAAAGUGCAUGUACAUUGUUUUUGUAUCUCGACAUUUUAGAUUAUGUUAAUGAAGUCAAAAAAGUCCUUUUCACUGCAAACGAUGAAAAAAGGGCACAGGCAUUGAAGAAAUAUGUUGGCCGCCAGCCACCUCCAUUAAACACACAAUUUGGUGAGCGUCUACCUAAGCCAGCUGCCAUUGAACGUCAGCAACAAAGGAAGAGCAAUGUCACACAGUUUUUCCCUUCAGGUACACUUUAUCAAUAUAAAUAUUAUUAAAUAUACACUCAUGCCAGGUACAUGUAGUUCAGCCUGGUGAUGUACUGUAUAUCAAAUAAUCAAUUUCAUAGUAUCAAUUCUAUACAUUAAAUUUUAUUAUAGAAGCUGAACAAAGUUCAUUGCUUGAAAGUACAAUUGCAGCUGCUGCAGCUGAGCAACAGGAUCAGCAAAGAUCUGUAAGGCGAUGUCGGAAAUGUAAAAAGCCCAUGAAAGGACAUCGCAGGGGGCAGUGUUCCUGA